AUGACCCUUAAGGGUGGCACAACACAAGCCUGUGCAGCAUGCAAAUUCCAAAGAAGAAAGUGCACACCUGAGUGCCUUUUAGCUCCUUAUUUCCCUGCAGAUCAACCCAAAAUUUUCCAAAAUGUUCACAAAUUAUUUGGAGUUAGCAACAUUGUCAAAAUACUAAAGUACCUGGAACCUAGUCAGAAGAAAACAGCCAUGGAUUCUAUUAUCAUUCAAGCUAAUUAUAGGGAUAAGUAUCCUGUGCAUGGAUGUUGCGAGGAAAUUUGCAAGCUACAAUAUCAAAUAUGGAUGAUGGAAGAAGAACUUCAUGCUGUUUAUCAACAACUUGAAAUUUGCAGGCAACAACAAAACCAACAACAGUUACCUCAUGAUGAUGUGACUUCACAGUUAGAAUUAGGAAUGGCGACACGUUCCUUCAAUGCGCUCGCACUCUUUAAUCACUCUCCACAACCACAGACUUAUAACAACAAUAACACAGUUGCUGCAUCUUUGUCUGUAUCUCAGCAACAUUCCUACUCCAACAGCAAUAGUGUGGAUUAUAAUAACUCCUCCCUCUACAUGGAUUCAAAAGAUGAUGCUACAAAUCCUAAUUUGUGGCUUCAGUGCCCUUACACAAAUAAUAAUAGCAGUUCAAUAGCAAUGCAACCUCAUAAAUUGGUUACCUCAGAGUCGCAGCCACUAUCAUCUGUCCAACAAGGAGUUGUUGAAGAUAAUUAUGAUGAGAUGCAUUCAUUUUUCGAUACAGUUGAUGAUAGGCAAUCAUACAUUUAUUCUAAGGAGGCUUAUGAAUCAAGUUCGGAAGAAUCACUGAAAGAUACAAGAAAAUGCACAGAGCAUGUUUCUGAGAAUGAACUGAAGAGUGCUGCUGCUUGUUUCAGCCUUACUAGUGUCAACUGA